AUGUUCUUCUCUGGCGGGCAGUACAGCCAUGUUGGCAGACCUGAAGAACUUUUACUGACGUUCAGGAUAUUCCUUGUCAUCAUCUGUCUUCAUGUUGUCCUGGUUACAUCCCUGGAAAAUGCUGAUAAUUCCAGUUUGGUAUCACCAUCUGCUGAAUCAUCUCGUGUUGGUUUUAUCCGCUUCUCCAAUGAUGCUACUUCAAGCGUAUUAUCCACUUUAAACAAAACAGAAAAAACUAAAAUCACUAUAUUAAAACCCUUCAAUGCAUCAGGAGUCAAACCCCAGAAAAAUAUCUGCAAUUUGUCAUCUAUCUGCAAUGGCUCAGCAUUUUUUAAAGGUGAGAUAAUGUUUCAAUAUCACGAAGAAGUCAAUGCUACCCAGAAUCAAGAUAUGGCUAAUGGCACCUUAAAUGGAGUCCUGUCUCUAAGUGAACUGAAACGAUCAGAACUCAACAAAACCCUGCAAACCCUAAGUGAGACUUACUUUAUAGUGUGUGCUACAGCAGAAGCUCAAAGCACAUUAAAUUGUACAUUCACAAUAAAACUGAAUAAUACAGUGAACGUAUGUGCUAUAGUGGUUGCUUUGAAAAGAGUGAAGAUUCAAUCAAUGGAACAGUGCUGCUGCUCUGCCAGGACCCCCUGCCCCUCGUCCCCGGAAGAGUUAGAAAAACUGCAGUGUGAUCUACAGGAUCCCGUCGUCUGUCUCCCUGGGCCUCCACAUGGCCCACCGUUUUCUUCUUCCAGCAAACCUAUCCCAGGUGCUCCUCAGGCCACGACUAUAUCCCACGUCGCCAGUGCCUUCUCUUUGGCUGACCCCUUAGAUCAUCCACCUGUGACCCAGAAAUCCCCUUCUCCAACCACAGAGAUUCACAUUCCGUCUCCCCAGCCUUCGGCUGCCAUAGCUCCCAGCUCUACUGUUGAUGUGCCCCCCGACUUUGGAACCAUCUCUUCCUCUACGCCCCAAACCAAUUUUUCUUCCACUCCACUGCCCGUGAAACCCUCACUUGCUUCUCCUACCACGUCUGCUCCUAUGAAUGUCAUCACAACCAGCCCAUCUCCUGAAUAUACAGUCACAAACAGUGCCAGUGCUUCGGAACUUGAGAACCAAGUGUCCCAGAUGGAGAAGGCUUUGUCGUCAGGCAGCUUGGAGCCUGAUCUCGCAGGAGAAAUGAUAAACCAAGUUAGCAAACUCCUGCAUUCCCCACCAGCCUUGCUGGCCCCUCUGGCUCAAAGAUUGCUGAAAGUGGUGGAUGACAUUGGCUUACAACUGAAUUUUUCGAACAAGUCCAUGAGUCUAACCUCCCCUUCUUUGGCUCUGGCCGUGAUCAGAGUGAAUGCCAGUGAUUUCAACACAACUACCUUUGCAGCCCAAGACCCUGAAAAUCUUCAGGUUUCCCUGGAAACGGAAGCACCUGAGAAUAGUAUUGGCAUGAUUACUCUCCCUGCCUCACUGCUGAGUGAUUUGCCAGCGGAUGAUGUGGAGCUUGCUUCCAGGGUUCAGUUCAACUUUUUUGAAACACCUGCCCUAUUUCAGGACCCUUACCUGGAAAACCUCUCUCUGAUCAGCUACGUCAUAUCCUCAAGUGUUGCUAACCUGACCGUCACAAACUUGACAAGAAACGUGACAAUCUCACUAAAGCACAUCAGCCCGAACCAGGAUGACUUAACAGUGAGAUGUGUAUUUUGGGACUUGGGCAGAAAUGGUGGCAGAGGAGGCUGGUCAUCCGAUGGCUGCUCCGUCCGAGACAAGAAGCUGAAUGAAACCAUCUGUACCUGCAGCCACCUUACAAGCUUCAGUGUCCUAUUGGACCUAUCUCGAACAUCCUUACCGCCUGCUCAAAUGAUGGCUCUGACGUUUAUCACGUAUAUUGGUUGUGGGCUUUCAUCAAUUUUUCUGUCCGUUACUCUUGUAACAUACAUAGCCUUUGAAAAGAUCCGGAGGGAUUACCCUUCCAAAAUCCUCAUCCAGCUGUGUGCUGCUCUGCUCCUACUGAACCUGGUGUUCCUUCUGGACUCGUGGAUUGCUCUCUAUAACAUGCGAGGCCUCUGCAUCUCAGUGGCUGUAUUUCUUCAUUAUUUCCUCUUGGUCUCAUUCACGUGGAUGGGCCUGGAAGCGUUCCAUAUGUACCUGGCCCUUGUCAAAGUGUUUAAUACUUACAUCCGAAAAUAUAUCCUUAAGUUCUGCAUUGUCGGCUGGGGAGUUCCAGCUGUGGUUGUGGCUAUAGUCCUGGUCAUAUCCCCAGAUAACUAUGGGCUUGGAUCCUACGGGAAAUUUCCCAAUGGUUCACCUGAUGACUUUUGCUGGAUCAACAGCAAUGCUGUAUUCUAUAUUACGGUUGUGGGAUAUUUCUGUGUGAUAUUUUUGCUGAACGUCAGCAUGUUCAUUGUGGUCCUGGUCCAGCUCUGUCGAAUUAAAAGGAAGAAGCAGCUGGGGGCCCAGCGGAAAACCAGUAUUCAAGACCUCAGGAGUGUUGCCGGCCUUACAUUUUUGCUGGGAAUUACUUGGGGCUUUGCCUUCUUUGCCUGGGGACCAGUUAACGUCACAUUCAUGUAUCUCUUUGCCAUCUUUAAUACCUUACAAGGGUUUUUCAUAUUCAUCUUUUACUGUGUAGCAAAAGAGAAUGUCAGGAAGCAGUGGAGGCGGUAUCUUUGUUGUGGAAAGUUACGGCUGGCUGAAAAUUCUGACUGGAGUAAAACUGCUACUAAUGGUUUAAAGAAGCAGACUGUAAACCAAGGAGUGUCCAGCUCUUCAAAUUCCUUGCAGUCAAACAGUAACUCCACUAACUCCACCACACUCCUAGUGAAUAAUGAUUGCUCAGUGCAUGUAGACGGGAAUGGGAAUGCUUCUACGGAGAGGAACGGCGUUUCUUUCAGCGUUCAGAAUGGAGACGUGUGCCUUCAUGAGUUCUCUGGAAAACAGCACGUGUUUAAUGAGAAAGAAGACUCGUGCAACGGGAAAAGCCGUAUCGCAUUCAGAAGGACUUCAAAACGGGGAAGCUUACACUUUAUUGAGCAAAUGUGA